AUGUCACCCGAAAAGCAACGGACCGCAUGGGGGACUGCACUCCCUGGCCAGUGGUUCCACAUUCUGUGCUGCUCCAGCCGCCGGGGUGUCACUGCUCUGCGCGGCCCUCCCCGUGCCAGCGCCAUCCCAGCCCAAGAGCGCCUCUUCUUUGAGCAUGCCCUUCCUGAGACCCCUCCGGCCCUGUGCAUCCCCGUGCUUCCGGACAUGGUGGGAGCCCACAGCUACCACCUGAAAGCAAUCUGGGAACCUCGGAGAAGGCAGCACCCACAACAAAAAAGCUUUGCGCCUUCGGGCAUUUUCGGGUGUCAGGACAAGAUAUUUCAGCUUUGGAAACUUAUUCUCUUGUGCGGCCUGCUCACUGGGACCUCAGCAUCUCUUCUUGAGGAUCUCGGCAAUGAUGUUGUGAGGAAGCUGAAACCUGUUCUCGAUAAAGGACUUGAGACCGUUGACAGUACACUUGGACUUAUCCUUCAGAAAUUGAAGGCUGACUUGGAGGCGCUCCAGGAAUCCACGUCUUGGCAGGAGGCCCAGCAGAAGAUCCAGGAAGCUGAGAACUUGUUGGACAAAGUCCUUUCUAAAAUUUUGCAAGUAGUGGAAAAGGUUAUGGGGUUGAAAAUCAGUAAAGUCCACAUCCUGGAUAUCAAAUUCGAAGUGACUCCUGAUGGCAAAGGCGCUAGCCUGAGUAUCCCCAUCAACACUAACGUCACCCUGACCCUGCCUCUGUUGGGUGAGCUUGUCGACCUGGGCCUCAACUUGGACCUCCAGACUAGUGUCAGCAUUGAAACUGAUGCCAAGACUGGUGUCUCCACAGUGAUCGUGGAAUAAUGCACCAACGACCCAGCCAACAUCUCACUCACCUUACAGGACAGCCCCGUUGGACUGGUCAAUGAAGCUGUGAACACUGUGGUCAAACUCGUGAGAAAGACAGUGUCCCUUGUGGUGCAGUAUGAGGUGAGUCCCCAACUCCUGCGGGCCCAGAGCCAGGCCUGCUGGGGGACAGGUGUGACAUUCCCUGGCCUGGCAGCGGGAGGAGGGGAGCAGGGGCCUGACAUUAGCUGA